AAAUCACGUGACUCGCGGAGUAACUCGACGGGUUGCGUCAGAACUACGUCACAGCCAAAGUGGCGAUCUUCUUUUAGUAAUUACAUGGCUGACGACGUAAGGCAGCAGCUGAGUUCCUAGCAAUCUGAUAAGCGUAGUGUUCGACGAUUGCAGUUUGCAUUCAGAUUGCUUACCGAAGAUGGUCCGACCACAUUUUGGACCUCCACGCAUAAAGCCCAGCAGAUCCUAUGAUGGUCAUGGCAGUGGGCACAGAGAAGGUAAUUAUUCCCCAAACUCAAAAGCAAGAAGAGACCCCCACGGCCACCCAGGAAAGCCCCAUGCAAACUGGAGCGAGUCGAGGGGUAGAGGUCGACCCCCACCCGACAGAAGAGCUCCACUUAUGGAAGACCGAGAGCCACGUUUCAAUAACUGGAGGUCGCACAAUCAGGAUUCCUAUCAAUCAUAUCCUCCUAAAAUGGAACCACAUCACAGCCAGAGGAGACCGCCUUCAUCCAGACCAAACCGUUCCCCGCAUGCCCCGCAUCAAUCAUCAGCCCGCAGUCCUCCACGAGGGCCCCCAGGUCAUAGGGGUCCUCCUCCUCAUGGCCACUCCUCAUCUCACAGAUCACCCUCCCCGAGACGUGUUCGAGGCCAUCCCGGUGACAAGAGGCCUGGCCCCCCACCCGCCUUUCAGGGCUCUUUCAGAGACCCCAAAAGAGAGCCUGGUUUCCCCCAACAGGAGCCGAGGCAUCGAGGCCCCCGUGGGGAUGUCAGUCCAAGAGAGAGGCCCUUUGUGGACUCUGGUCACGGCAAGAAGCGAUGGAACGACGGCGGAGCAUUCUCUCAUCCGCAUAAUGGCCAACACGGGCCUCCGGUGCCUCAGCGGAGCCCAAGAGAGAUGCAUGGGAGAGGCUCGUGUCCAGAGAGGUGGUCAUCUGAGCAAGACUCCAGAAGGCAACGUGGUCCCAUGGAGAGGCAGGGCGGCAGACCCCACAGCAUGGAGAGUGCAAAAGAUCUCCCUCGGCUCCCCCUUUUCAGACCCCCACCUUGGAAAGGAGGCCCGCCGCCAUCUUCGUCCUUCCACAGGAGCCCCCCGGACAGGCAACUGAUGGGUCCCCCCCGCAAGAGGAGACUAUCAGAAGUCAGCAUGUCCUCAUCCAUCCCGCCACAGGAUCACAGUGGCCCUAAAUACCCCAGAAGAGAGAGAAUUCCACUCCUCAGUAUUCCCAGACCAUUUGGUGGUAGACCUUUAUCACUUAGGGAUAGAAGUUUCAUAUUUAAAGGCAGACAAAUGCGAUUUGAGCCCCCCAUGAGACUAAGAAUUCCUCCACCUUUCAGACCCAGGCCGCAUCUGGGUGACAUGCCCCCUCGGGGACCUCCCAGCUCUGUUCUUGCUAUCAGAAAGAAGCGUUUCCAGUCUGAUCCUGUUCCCUUGAAAAGGCUGCAACCAAGAGCUCAACAGUCCCCCGACAGAGAUGAAGACCAAGCCGGCAGGUCCCUGCGUGAGACUAAUACCAGAAAAGAACAGGUGGAGUCUCGUCGCUCCUUGAAUACGCACAGAUCUUCCCCCGUCGAGAAACGAGACCUUGUCGUCGUCUCUCACUGGGCGGCCGGCCCAAGCACAUCCAAGGAAGACUCUCCUUCGAAAGACCGAAGCCCAAAGUCCAAAACUGACGCGUCUCUGAGCAACCCACCAACAAAAGCUGACUCAAGAUCACAAUCGCCAGAAAGAAAACGAGGAUAUCUGGAGAGAAGAACCUUCAGGCCAGUUAAUAUAAUAGCUGACAGGCCCUUCAGACGACCUGGACCCAUGCAAAGACCAAAGUUUCUCGGACCCAGAAAGCCUGGCCCCGAGCCGUCUGAGAAUUUUCGACGACCACUCAUGGAGAACUUGGUGCCACGCCCCUUCCCAAACCAAAAGCCAGUGUUCCGAAAAAGUUACAGUAUCAUGUCCAAGUACCGCAACAUGAGAGUGAUGCGACAGCGUGCGCCGUUCAACCGAGGACCCCCCCAACAGCGCUGGUGACCUCCUCAGUCAGGCACAAGCAGUCACUUUGAGGUAAUCAGCAGAAGAUUGCAGUGAAUGAAAGACUUGAAGCAAGUGCCGAUACUGGAGACGCUAGUUAAAAAAGUCACCAAUCAAGUUGUAUCGGCGAUACACUACUUAUUUAACAAAGCCUUGUACAAUUAGUUGUUCUUUCCUCGUUAACAUUUUAAGUCAUCACAAAACUGUUAAUAUACACACACAAAAAUCUGCUGUCAGAUGUUCAGGACUAUUAUGCUUUUUUAUUUGUUUUGUAUUUUGUAAGACCAAGUACCGUUUAAGAACUCUUGAGUGCGUUUCCCAAGGAACUACGGCUUUUCAAGUGACUUGGCAUCCUUGUGUAGAUAUAGUGUUUAUCAUAAAUGAAGUCUAUUUGUCUUGAAUAUUUUCUGUGGCAGCCCGUAUUCUGUAUGAUUAGUGUAUUUUGCGAAAGAACCACAGUUCUCUCCUUACAUUCAGCUUUUUUGAGAUUUUGAAAUAAAAUCUGGCCAUGCACAAAAUA